ACAUGUUGGGGCCUCGGGGUAGUCGGUGCGUGAUUGGCGACUGACUACACUAACCAGCCAGCACCCAGGCCAUAUUUGGAUGCGGCUUCCUUGUUUUGCGUCAGCCACAUUCUAGUAGUACUGUACUUAUGGCAUAGUUCUAGCUGUUCUAUACUUUCUACCACUAGGCAACCACCAGGAUGCGGUUCUUCAAAUCGUUUCGGCUGCUGCAUCGUCGUACAAGGUCUGAAGGCGACGUGUCCCGCAUGGCUUCCUCUCCACCAUCGUCGACUGGGUCGUGUUGCUCAAUGGAAUUCCGACAGAUCCAAUACACCAGGCCCACAUUCACUAGCCUAAUUAGUGGUUCAGCGGCCCCGGUGUUUGUAUCUCUUGAGGCUUCCCUGCCUUCAUUCGAUCCCGCCCAGCUUUAUCAACCCCGGUCAACCCAUCCCCUGGAUCUGUACACUGAUAGCUGCACUCACCCGUCUGAAAGCGAUGUUUUCCGCCUCCGUCAGACCAACGCUGAACUCGCAGCCGACCUUGCCGACGUCACCGAUGAUCUUUCCCGAACCCGCAACGAGCUCUAUACUGAGAUGACCAAACUUGCCCGCUUCCAGCACCAGUUCGCGCGUGGUAUGGAUCGCAUCCAGAAGAUUGAAUCACGAUUUCAGCGCCUCGCUGGCCUUCUCGUCGACAUUGGCAUCCCGUUCUUCACCGUUCAGCGGAUUUCUGAUGCACUAGAUUCUGAUCUCGGCAAUGCAGACCAUCUCUUGGUCGACGCCAUAGGUGACGCUGUUCACGACCCAGAAGCGCUGCUCUCAAGCUUGAAGCCCGUGGUCAUUGGUCAGCCUGUCCCAGAACAGUACCAAUCUGCGCUGCAUAUGACUCUCAGCGUGCGGCGCAAAGUCCGUGCGCAAAAGAAGGUCUCUAAGUUCUGGAAACGCCUCGCUCAGGAAGAAGGCCGCUAUACAGAUACCGUCACCCCUUCCUCGUCCGACAUAUCUUCCGUCCGCGAACCUCUCAGUCCUACCCGUCAACACGCCGUCGACGCCCUCAUUGCUCGCAGACGGGAGGCAAAUGCAGGCUCUGCUAGACAUGUAAUUGGAGGACCCUCUGCGCAAGGCGGUUUGGUUCUCCCUGCUUCCAGCUCUGGCGUUGGAUCUGCGGCGAGCUCUACAUCUGGGUCGACUGUACAUUUACAACAUACUCCGCCUUUGAGAGCACGCUUCUCGAUAUCCGAGCUACGUCGACGGUCGACCCCCGUGGUCCUGAGCGACAUCGAUCUCAACGUUUCCCAAUCAUCGGACGGCCCUCCAGAAGCGGAGAGUGAACCAGUGGAUUCAGAGGAGGAUGAAUCUAACGACCAGAAUAUACGCCCAACGGUGACUCUCAGCCAGGACCUCAUCCAGAAUUUGAACCAAGUCGCCCUUGGACGCGGACACCGCCGUAACUCCUCCGCUGUGUCAAGGUCAAGUAUUCUGUCCCGCCUAUCCGGUUCCACAUCUGCCUUCCCUCCUCUUAGCGCCUCGCCCGGCAUACUUACAUCCGCUCGUGACCUUGACUCCGACACGCCGUUUGACAAUUCCGCAUUCCAUAGUCUGCUUUAUGGUACCGACAUCACUCAGACGGACUCAGACGGGCGCAAAUUCUCCAAUACGCUUGUGAGCACCAGGAGGAACUCGCGCUUCCUGGAGCAUAUCAACGAGUACUCGACCGGAUCCCUUGCUAUCCUUGACUCUGUGGAUUCGUUGGGACUGAUGAACUCCACUGGCUCACUUGCCGUACACGACACUAUGGCUUCCACCGCGACGUCCCCCAGACUCUUCGGCAUCAGUGGGGAAAGCAAGGACUCGCUGUUCAUGUCUACUCAGACGCCCACGACAGGACCCACCACGCCGAGCAAGACGCCACCUACGGGGAGCAGUACACCCUCGUCCAGUGGGAGCAAACUUCCCGUACUGAGAAACUUGUAUAGCCCUGAUGCCUUCAAAGUUUCCGUACGCAACCCUGGGGGGAUCAUAAGGCGAUUGUCGCCGAGCCCUGAGAGCUUCGUACGAAAGCUUCGGAAAUUGGGUUCUCGUGAUGGGAGCGAGAAUGUGAGUCCUGAAAAGCCAUCUGGGAUUCCUAUCAUGCAGCGUAGGACGACGAUCAUGGGGCGAGUGAAGAAGUGA